GACAGUCGACCACUGCAAAGUAUUGAGCGCGGGACAGACUGGCUUUAGCCCACACCACUCUUCAUCUGUCCAAGAGAAGACCCCAAAAACCUCUACUGUGAGGCGCUCACACUCAUCCCCAACCAAUAAUGUGAAAAUCAGACGGAAACGUUUGUCAGAUGUUUAAACCCAUCGUCGCUUCAUUGUACUUCAGCAGCGUCUAUAUUCACCACUGUCACACAGUUUGCAGUCAGGCUACAGUAGGCUAUCCACAAGGAUACCUGGUGUGAGAUGCGGCAAUGUCCCGAGGACUAUUCCCACGCGUGAAGUCUUGCGGAUCCUUUUGGAUUUUGCCUGCGGUCAUAUUUGUGGUGAGUGUGAUCGACGUGGACGCGUACAGCUGUCAUGAAGUGAGGACCGCUUUCCAGCUGCGGCAGGUCGGGCCGCUGCAGCGCGUACCGGAGACACCUGGCACAGAUGUGGAUCUGUUGAUUUGUAAGCACCAGGGUCCAUCCUGCUGCACCCGGAAAAUGGAGGAGAGCUACCAGUUGGCUGUAAAACGAGAAAGCCUCCACAACAUUCACUCCUACAGCUACGAGCUUGAGCACCUCAUCUCCGGCCACUCGGAUGCCUUCCAGGAUAUGUUCCAGUACCUACUAUCCUUUUCUCAGGGCCACCUGAGCUCUCUGUUGGAGGGAACCUACUCAUCCCUGUCCCGCCAUGCCCUGCCAGACGUAAAUCAACUCUUCUCCUCACUCUCCCUCUACCUCCGAGGGGCUAACGUUUCUGUGGAGGCAGCGGUUCACCAAUUUUUUAACAACCUCUUCCCACUCGUCUACACACGGCUCAUCAAUCCAGGUAUCGAAAGCAGCAUGAUGGUGGGCAGUGAAAUGGUUGACUGUCUCCGAAUGAUCAGGCAGGAUGUCAACCCUUUUGGGACUCAUCCUGCUGUUAUGGCUCAGGAGCUCGCUGGGGCAUUAGGAGCUGGGCGACAACUGGGCCUGGCCCUGGAGGAGGGUGUGGAGGUGAUGAAUGCCACCGAACAUGUCAGCCUGAGCAAAGAGUGUGUGAAGGGCCUUGUGAAGAUGGUGUACUGCUCCCACUGCAGAGGCCUGACGCUGAUCAAGCCCUGCGUGGGCUACUGUCUUAAUGUAAUGCGAGGCUGCCUGGCCAGCGUGUCAGAGCUGGAUCAGCCUUGGAGGAGGUAUACCAGUUUAUUGGAGCAACUAACCCACGCCACGGCCGGGCACCACAGCCUGGAACUAGCCCUUCUGGGGGUCAGAGGGCACGUUAAUGAGGCCUUGCUCUACGCACAGUUCCAUGGUCCACUCAUCACCGCCACAGUGGACAAGGUGUGUGGCCUGUCUACUGGGGAACCUAGAGGCAUGCAACCUACUAGCCCAGAGGUCACAACCUCUACUGUGACCACAUCAUCUCCUCUUCCAUCUGGUGCCUCCUCCCAACCCUUACCAGAGCAGUGGCUGGAGAAGCUUGCCCACUUGAGGAGCUCAUUCCCCCUGAAACCCUCCAAGAACAAUAAACAUAGUCUGAGAACACUCUCUAGGGAGUUCUUGAUGUACCUGCAGCGCUACAAGUCUUUCUUUGCAGCUUUGCCAGAGAUGCUGUGCGAAGGGGACAAUGUAGUGGACGACUCCACAUGCUGGAGUGGAGAUGAUGUGGUGGAGAGCUAUACAGGCAGAGUUGUAGGAAAUGGUCUGUACGCCCAGAGGCAAAACCCAGAGGUCAAAGUUCGCAGUGCAGACCCUUCACUGGCUGAGGUCAAGGAGAGGUUGGAGCGCUUCAACCAGGAGACCCAGGAGAGGUUUCCAAAACUGGGCCAGAUAGAGGCCUGGGAUGAGCUGGGCAGUGCGGAAACAGAGGAGGGCAGCACCACAGACUGUGAUGAUGAAGACGGAUGUCAAGCCUCAGGAGACGGUCAAGAAAAGACUUUGUAUACAGAUGCCUCCAGCGAAGGAAAGCCCGACGGGAGACAGCGUGGAGGUGACGAUCCGCAUGACAACCCUUCCAAGCCCCCCUCAGUGAAGGUGAUAGGACCCUCGUCGUCUGCCAACUGGGCACGGCCCUGGAGCCUUGCACUGCUCUUUUCUGCACUUAGCUUGCAGUGGACCCUAUUCUGAUGCCAGCACCGUCUGUGAAUCCCCACCCCACCCCUUUAGGAAACAUGUACAUGCAGAGAGACACUCAUAUCAUAUAAAUCACACAUAGUAUCCUUACUCCUGUCCUCAAGCUACGUGGAUGGAUUGUGAUGAUGGAAAAAGAAAAAUAAGAUGAAAACGGAAGAGAGGAGGACAACAUUGUAGGAGACUGUUGAUGGAGGGCUCUUGCAGGAACUUGUUGUUCUGCAGCAUCACCAGUGUGGAUGAUUGCACAAACUGAUCCCAUGCACGCUCAUCUACAAAGAUUAUGCCUGCUGCUUCUACUAGGCUGUUCUGGGACUAGAUGUGUGUGUGUAUAUAACAGACACCAAUAUAGCCCUGCAGCUUCUUGCUCCACUCACACAAACACACGCUUUGUAGUUCAAAACAGGACUUCAUCAUCCUAAUUUUACUUAAAAACACUUACACAUUUACAGACUCACUUACAUGUGUUUUACAUAUACCAAUGCAUCUGUCUUCAUUUUCUGCUGCUGGGUUUUACUUAUCUUUUCAGGCUAAAAAAAAAAAAAAAAAAAAAAAAAAAACCUCAUCACAGUCAUUUGCCAGCCAGACUGAAGAAUUCAGCUCAUUUGAAAACUCAGCUCAUUUUCUAUUUGAGGAUUAAGGAAUGCAUGAUAGAUUGAUAGAUCAAUCCCAGGUGCCUGGCCCAGAACAGCAGAUUUGAUAUACUCUAAUGACUGUGUACCUUGGCAGGGAUUAGAAUGUAAUGAGUUCACCUGUAGAGCACGAGCACACUUGCACGGCUGAACACAUUGUGCAGACAAACUAGGUGUGUAUAGUAUGCAACUGUAUAUAGGUGGAAAGAUUUGAUGGUGUGUAUGAGGUUCUGAUUCUACAAAAAAAGCUCUUAAAAAUGAUUUAGGUGAAGGGUUUUUUUCUUUUCUUUUCAGCCAGCUACGAAUGGACUAUGCUUGUCUGCUCCAUACUUCAUAGAAAAUAAUGCAAAAAAAACCUAUAGAGAUUUAAUUUCUAUAACAAAUAAUGCAGGAAUUUACAUCCUUUUCCAGCUCAAGCCCAUGACACAAAUGGACAAAUUUCUGGACAAAGUCUGUACAUUGUUGGUUUUACUAAUGUUUAUCGUGCAUCCAGUUUUGUGUGUUUGCUCGUUGAAUUUGCACAUUAAUGCAUGUAAAACCUACCAGGUUCUCAAAAUCACUAUGAUGGGAUCAGGCCCUUCUUCAGAAAACAAAAAGAACACAUAUAUUUUAAAACCUUUCACCCAUUCUUUUUCACUGAUGGCAUGACAUCAGGGUUUACCUUUCUCUUUCACAUGAUGGCUUGGAAUUUGAAAACAAGAGCAGGGUUGGGCUGUAGAUUCAUCACAUGCAGAUUCAAAUACAAUUUAACACAAAAAAACAGAAUAUUUUUACAAUGUUGGGUACGUCUAUUGUUUGAUCUAGUGCAGUGGCAGCCAUUGUAUAAGUCCCUCUUCAUGGAUUUUAUCAUGUAUUUUGCCCUGUAUUGGUCUUGUUUUUUUUCUUGAACAUCAUUCAGGAAACACAAAUAAGCUCAGAAAACCUGCAGACCAUUCCUUGGAAUUCCAACAGUUAAAAAGCAAAUCUUUAAUUGUUUUAAAUGAUUCCUCGUGGGGAUGGAACAAAAGGGAAGGUCAACACAACACUGUGUGACUUCUACAAUGGCUUCCUCUGUAUACCAGUUUUCUGCCUUGUGUAGAUGAAGAUUGUGUAUGCACAGAUACUGGUACAGCAGAGUACCUGUGUGAAUGAGGAUGAUGAAUGUAUGGUCAUUGAUAUGCAGAUGCAAUAUUAAAGCUGGCUAUGCCCUAUGUAAAAGCUACACAGAUACAGUAUCUAAGCUGAAUACAUCCACCCACUUACAGGAUGACAUGGGUCUAUGAACAGUGAUAUACCUCUUCCAUUAACUAGCCUUCACUGUAAACAACCUUUCCUGUCUCUGACUGAAAAGCAAUUCAGCUUUAAGUCUGCCUGACAGUGCAAAGAGGAUGACCUGCUUAAUUACACGCAAAUACAUACAAUUAUACAUUAAAUGCCUGCGGUUGAAGAAUGACGAUGACUACAGCUAUAUGAGGUUUCGGCAGUUUAAAUGUGUCACGUUUUGUGUUCUGUAACCAUUUUUGUUUAGUUUAUAUGAUUUCCUCCAUGUAUGUUUUGUUCCAGACUGGCGUUCGUUGCACCCACAGAUUACUUACAGCCCUAUACCCUCGCAUGUGUAUAAAUGUAUAUAUUUUAAGUCACUUACCAUUUGUUUUGAGUCUCAUUUCCUCUCUUUUGUAUCAGUAUGAUACAGUGUAGCUGAGCUCUAUUAAAGGUGCUCUGCUUUUUUUUUUCUUGUCUCAAUAGCUUUUCCUUGCAGAAUAUCAGUCACAAUAGACACUGACAAACAACAGAAACUUGCUCGGAAAAGGUGUUUAUUAAAGGCUUUACAUACCCAUGGCACACCCACACAAGUGUUCACACUUAUUAUUCCUGAUUAAUCCUCUUCUAAGGACUGUGUGGGCUUGUGCAGACCAUGCUUGGUUGACAUUUGCCUCAUUUUCCUGUUAGGUCGAGACAACUUACAUCUUUGUUCUAUUGGUACAGUAAGUUUAGUGACCCUAUUUAAUUAUGUAAUUCCCAGCCUAGCACCAGCCAGCUUUAACCUGACUAGAGGUUUAAUCAGCCAUAAUAAGUGAAAACACCUGUGUGGGUGAGUGGGUUCUUAAAUAUUUCAUGUUUAUA